AUGAACAACGAGCAGUUUCGAAGGCUAAUCCAUGCCAAUUCGGCCAAGGCAGCAGCAGAGGCAGGUGGCGAGCAGAAUGGCGCGUCUUCCUCAUCCCCAGGGCGCUUUGGCAGCGCCGCUGGGUCUUCUGCUCCUGCUGGUGCACUCGGCUCGCGUCAGAGGUCCAGCAUCCCCAUGACACCGCGAUCCGUCGCAGGAGCAGGCCGGGUCGAUUUCGCCCGCCAGCUCGCCGAGCGCAACAACCAGGACCGACCACAAAAGAGGAUCCGCACGUCCGCGCCCAAGGGCAGCAAGUUUGGCGAGGGAUACGUCGACCGUGCAAAGGCGAGGCAGACUGCACAGGAGCAACAAGAGGAAGACGAGAAGGCGGCGCGGAUCAGAGCACUGGAGGAGUCGCUGAAGAAAGAGGAGAUCGACCAGGCGACGUUUGAGAAGCUGCGGGACGAGAUUGCGGGCGGGGACCUGUCGAGCACACACCUGAUCAAAGGGCUGGACUUUAAGCUACUCGAGAGGGUCAGGAAGGGCGAGGACGUCUUUGAAGGGAAACCGCCUCCUGCAAACCAGGACGAGGAGGCAGAGAGAGAGGGAGAGGCGGCGGCGGCGGCGGCGGAGGAUCCUGCGGGGGACGUGGACGACGCGUUUGAACAGUUUGAAGACAAGGAGGUCACGGCUGUAGUCAAGGAGAAGACCAAGAAGAAGGGCCAGCUGGCGAUAACGUCGCUGGUGCCAGGGCAGAAACGGUCGAGAGACCAGAUCCUGGCGGCGAUGAAGGCAGCCCGGGAGGCAGCCAAGGCGAAACAGGAAGAGUCUGCAUUAGGCUCGAGGUUCAAGAAGAUUGGUGCCAAGAAGGAGCCCGGCUCAAGGAUAGAGCGCGAUGCAAAGGGCAGGGAGGUGCUCAUUAUCGUGGACGAGGACGGAAACGAGAGACGAAAGGUCAGGAAGGUCGCAGCUGAGGUUGAAAGGGAGCGCGAGGCAUUCAAGGUGGACCCGAACGCCCAAGUUCUGGGUAUGGACGUCCCGGAAUACUACCAGAAGAAGUUACAGGAGCAGCAGCAGCAGGCAGAGGAGGAGGACAUCAAGAUGUUCUCGGAUGUGGAGUCAGACUACGAUCCUCUACAAGGCCUGGAGUCAGACUCUGACGACAGCGAUGCGUCCAAGGACGAGACGAAACAGAAAACCAGCCCUGGAGGCCGCUCACCGAGGAGCGAGGGCGAGGUCGACGACGCACAGAGCCCACCGCAGGCCAAGGUGUCUGCGCAGGCACCACCGACACAGCACCCUCGCAGCUACUUCAAGACCAACCUGAUAUCAGAACAGCAGACCAACGGCCCCGCACUGAAUGACCCGUCGGUACUGGCUGCCCUCAAGAAGGCAAAGACACUGAAUGCAGCUGCCAGAUCCGAGGAAGAGCAAAAGGCGGCAGAGCAGCAGGAGAGGCUCAAGAAAAAGCUGGCCAGCGCGGACAGGGACGCCGACGACCUCGACAUGGGCUUCGGAACAAACCGUCUGGAGGACGAAGAGGAUCUCGAGGAUGACGGCAAGGUCAAACUGUCUGCAUGGGGAGGAGACGAUGAUGACGGUGAGGAAGGAGGGCGCGGCGGAGGGAAAACCAAGCGGAAGAGAGGCCCCAAGAAGAGAAAGGGCGACGGCAACAAUUUUGCCGACGUGAUGAAGGUUCUUGAGAAGAGGAAGACGACUGAAUCCUAAGGUCGGUCGGUCUGUCUGUCUCUGUCCUCUUUCCUGUCCUUUCGCGUAUGCCGGUGGCGGCCUUAGAAUGACUUGGGGUUAAGGAAGGAGACGUUAAUUAGACAUGACACGGUCAUGAAAUGCCAAAAACCUGUGAUACC